GCCCCUCUUGCAAAAGGAUGCGACGCGUCUCCAGGAGGGUCUCUCGCCUUGCAGGUCCAUUUCAGAAAAGGACUUGCUAAUUUCAACUUCAUUGACUCUCACCGCCACCCAAAAAAAUAAUAAAAAAGCCCAGAGGGGCGGGGAUGGGCGGGGUGUAAAAAGCGCAUUAAGGAACUUGUCAAGUUGAACUGUUCAGACUUGCUUAGGAAAUCUCUUGUUUGUCUCUCCAUAAUUUUCUCCUUUUUUUUUAUUUUUGGAGGAACGGAGGAGGAAAAAAAGCUUUGGGGGCAGAAAAAAAACCCUUAUCUAUCUAGCUGCGCUUUUUUUUAAAGAAGCAACUCUCAGGGAAGAAUAAGAGAAGGGACUGGUUUUCUUCCUCCCCAUUUCAUUUCACAUAUAUAGGGUUUUUUUUAAAUGUUCUGCAUCAUGAACAAAGUAUUUGUUCUGUGCCUGUGGAUUCUCCUCCGCGUGGAUUCCCUGAUGUGUGAGUACAACCCUCCGGAAUCUCUCCUGCGUAAUUUCUAAUCUUUCUAUCUGUUCGUUUAUUUUAUUCCUGGUGGGCAGAUGGGCGCCUGGCGCAGCCGGAAUUGCAAUAGAUGGGGGAAUUAAGACUUGGGCGCCCGGAGGCGACGGUGAUGGGCGCGUUUGUUUUCCUUUUCUUUGCGGAGCGGGGGCACAGGAAACCGUGGCUAUAUAAAUACUUUUUUAAAAGCAGUCUCUUCCACCUAAGAAACAAAUAGAUGCGCAAGGGUCUUCUUUGGGAAUGUGUGUCCUUAUUUUUAUUUCAGAGGGGCACUGCGUUGUCCAGCUCGGGAAGGAGAAAAAAGCCCUUAUAAUAUCUGUUUUUAACAAGAAAAUUGAUUAUUUUUCUUGGUCGUGGGCGGCUGGAGGGAUGAAUCUUAGCCGUGCCAGGCAAAAAGUCCCAUAAAUAAGAGAUUGGAAGGGAAAGCGCCACCGGGAGUUUCGAAGCGCAGUGAUUUUUUCUCUGCGUGUGAACAAAACACACACACACACACAGAGCGCAAUUUUUAAAGAUCUUCUGCCUCUCUCUCCCCUUUAAAACGCCUCUAGGGAUUAAUUCCUUACCCCACCCCGGCUCCGAAUCUCCCUCCCUCCCUCUCUCCUUCUUCCUCCUCCUCUUCCUUCUUCACUCCCUCUCUCAAAAAUUAUAAACCACCUUUCAGGGUAACUGCGCGUGGCAAACUUAGGCGUGCGUUUUUGAAGUUGGGUGGGCAUUGAUUUAGGAAAAGAGGGGGGUGUUGCAAUGUGGGGAGGGGGGGUCCGCCAAAUCCAGGACCACCUUCCCCAUCUCUUCCGCAAGCCCCCUCAGUGCUUGAAUCUGAUCUUCACCUCCGAAGACUUCAUAUCUCCGCUGUUCCAGCAAGAGUUUGCUUUCUGGCUUGGUUUAUUUAUUUAUUUUAUUUACUAGCUUGGAAUCCUCUCUCCCCACGCUCCCCCCCUUCCCAAAAAAAUGCAUUAAAAAUAAAUAAAUCUAAGCAUGCCAGUGGUUGGAAAAACCGGUAGGGAGGGGGGCAUAUUGAAAGACACCCCCCCUCCUUUGCGUCUUUGUCCUAGUCAGGAAAUUCACUUGCGUUAAGAGGAAAGGAAAGUGAGGUCUUCCUUAAUUUAGCUGUGCAGGCUGUAGGUGGCCAAGACAGGCCAGGGGGUUUGUGUGUUUGUGUGUUUGUGUGUGUGUGUGUGUAUACACAAAAAAAAUGUUUUAUUUAUUAUUUUUAAUCCUUCGGAGAGGAGGUGGAGGGGGAAAGGAUAGCACCAAAAAUUGUGUGUGUCUGUGUAAAAGUCAGACAACAAAGGGAGCUGAGUUGGAUAUCCUGUUAAGCCUUCCCCCUUUUUAAAUCAGGUGAAGAAAAUUGUCUGUUUUUCACACACCCACAGCCAGAAAGUGUCAGGAUAGGGUCCGCCAAGAUGAUGCCCCAAACCUCAGAAUCAAACCUGUGGCAUGUUCCAAACAAAGACCUCAGUCCUUAUGUACUGGAGAUAAAUUUCUCCCUGCUUUUUUUGGGGUUGGGGGAAAGAGUAUCUAAAAACCUGAAACCCAACCCCGCCUCGUUACAACCCAGAAAUAUUGAAUAUUCUUUUUUUCCUUAAACCUGCUGUUUUUAAGCAAUCGCCUUCCACUUUGCAAUUCAUUUUUCCUCUCCCCCUUUUCGGUAAGAAUAAAACUCCUUCGUGCAACCUUCCUAUAUAUAGUUUCUGCCAGUCAUAAAACCCCUGCAAAAGGCCCAAGACCUGUUCUUUAUUCCUGUAUAAGCGUGUGUAAAAAAAUUCCAUAUAAUAGUACCCCCAAAAAACAAUAUUUUUUCGGGGAGGGGGGGCAGGAUCUUGGAACGGAAGGUGGAAAACUGGCAUCCACUUUUGCCGCCGAAUCAAAAUGGUUAAUCAGUCCUACCGAUGGAGGACUGCAGUCCAUCAGAAGAGAACAAUUCCCUCUCCAAAACCCAGAACUUCCCAAAGCGAUAAUGACUAAUGCACAUGAAAUCCUGGGCCAAUCCUACCCUGCAAUUUACCGUACACCCUCCAGAAGCCUUAGAGCAUAAGAGUAAAAAUCUACGCACCCGCCAAAGAAUUCAAACCCCCAGAGAAUCCCACAGGACUGCUGUAUCUCUCAUAUAACCCCCAGACAGAUCUCUAGGGGCAGCAAACUGCUGCUUCGCUCUUGAUUUAUCGUUUUUAUACCUGAAACACUUUUAUUUUCAGUGUUGCGUGCUUAUAAAUAGACCUUUCGUCAAACCUCACAGAUCCCUGGGGCCAAAGUUUGUAGCAAAAAAUGUCCUGUUAAAAAAAUAUAUUCCACACCUAAUAAUUAAUUAUAGCAAUCCACACACCUCACCUUUCUGUAGGGCAAUUCCCCACAGAGAGGGGGCAAUUCUUUGCUUCCAGAAUAAUAAUAUAAUUUCCCGGUAAUGCUAGAGGAUCAGUCUUCUUACUGCAUAGCGGAGUAUCCACUGGAUCCCCUAGGUUCAAAAUAGUGGAGAAUCUCCGUCUGCUCUUUGCUGUCCAUGAAACAUAUAUAUUUAUUGUUGUUGUUUUUUUGGGGGGGUCAUUGGUGUACGUACACAAUGAUUUACAGUCAUAUAUAUAUCUAUUUUUCCAUAAGAGAAGGCCAUUGAUUGGAGUUUAUGAUCUCUGGGAAACAAUAGAGGAAAAUGGAAGUUUGAGAAUGGAAACGAAGAAUGCCUGUGUAAACCUUGCAAAGUUGGAAAUGGCGAGAUAUCCCUACACGCCGAAAACUAGGGCAAAUCUGCCCCAUAUCCUCUCACACACAAAAGCCACCCUGCUCCUUUGUCUUAAGAACAAUGAGAAAUCUUGAUCAAAGCAAAUUCUCUACAUAUUCUUCCUUUCUUUUUAAUCCCAAUAAUUAAUGUUAGAAAGUCGUGAGGGUGGCCUUCUCUCAUCUUCCAACUGUGGCCCAGUGCCAGAUCACUCGGUUGUUUGCCAGAAAUCUCUCCAAACAGGGGGGGAAAUUUGCUUUAAAAGCCUUAAAAGCUUUAUUUUAAUUCUUUCUCCCACUGUUUUUUUUUUUAAAAAAGGCCUUAGAUGCCUGGAUGGCCUUAUUAAGUUUCUGCAAGGAGGACUUUUCCCGGCCGUCGAAAUUUGGCAUUUCGGUCCUCCGAAGAGAAAGGAGAAAGUGGAUUUUCCACACACACACACCCCAUACCCUCGAGAGUUGUAAACGCAAAAUUUAGCUUUCGUUCUUGGAACGGAUCUUGUCCGUCCCACUCCGAAAAGACAGGAGGUGAUUCUCUUUGGUGUUUCAGGGAAACACAAAAAUGCUCCACUCCUGAUACAGGAAGUUUUGGUUUCCUCUUCAGGGUGAGAGUUUUGUCCAAGGAGGUGGUGGGGGUUUACCACACACCCCCAGGAAGAAAGGGGUGCGAUGGGCCAGCGCAGGCCAAUAAAAACUCCUUGUUGCUGGUGGGACAGUCGCAACACAAAUACACACAGCUGAGAAGUUUGUCUGGGGAAAAAACACACAUACAAAGCGAGGAUUUGGAGUGAAACUGAAUACCACGACAGUGCCGGGACAGACCUACACCUGUGUCCGUCCGCAGCUGGGCCCUCUCUGGGGGAUUUCGGCGAAAGGCUCCCUUCCUUGACCCCCUCUGGGUGGCUCGGCAGGAGAGCUCCUGCUUGGCAUGUAGAAGGCCUGAGGUUCGAUUUCUGGCGACUUCAGGUAGGGCCGGGAAAGGCCUCCGUUCAAAAGCGUUUAUUCCCUUGAGGACUGGAGACUUGGUUCCUUUUAAAGGAAGGGCAAGAGGGAGGACAGUUGCUUGGAAUGCAGAAGGCUUUGGGUUCAAUCCCUAGUGACUUCAGGUAGGGCUGGGAAAGGCCUCCGUUCAAAAGCGUUUAUUCCCUUGAGGACUGGAGACUUGGUUCCUUUUAAAGGAAGGGCAAGAGGGAGGACAGUUGCUUGGAAUGCAGAAGGCUUUGGGUUCAAUCCCUAGUGACUUCAGGUAGGGCUGGGAAAGGCCUCCGUUUGAAAGCGUUUAUUCCCUUGAGGACUGGAGACUUGGUUCCUUUUAAAGGAAGGGCAAGAGGGAGGACACCUGCCUGGCAUGCAGAAGGCCAGAGGUUCGAUCUCUGGCAUCUUGAGGUCGGGCCGGGAAAGGCCUCCACUCGAAAGCGUUUAUUCCCUUGAGGACUGGAGACUUGGCUCGUUUUGAAGGAAGGGCAAGAGGGAGGACAGUUGCUUGGCAUGAAGAAGGCUCUGGGUUCCGUCUCCAGGUCUUUUUUGCACGAUGGAAGAGAAUCUCUCUGCCUGCACCCCUGGACAGAUGCUACCAGCCAGUGCAGACAAUACUGAGCUGCAGGUCAGUCUUGGUAUUUGUUGUUGUUUAGUCGUUUAGUCGUGUCUGCCUCUUCGUGACCCCCUGGACCAGAGCACGCCAGGCACUCCUGUCUUCCACUCCCUCCCGCAGUUUGGUCCAACUCAUGCUGGUAGCUUCGAGAACACUGUCCCACCAUCUCGUCCUCCGUCGUCCCCUUCUCCUUGUGCCCUCCGUCUUUCCCAACAUCAGGGUCUUCUCCAGGGAGUCUUCUCUUCUCAUGAGGUGGCCAAAGUCUUGGAGCCUCAGCUUCAGGAUCUGUCCUUCCAGGGAGCACUCAGGGCUGAUUUCCUUCCGAAUGAAGAGGUUUGAUCUUCUUGCAGUCCAUGGGACUCUCCAGAGUCUCCUCCAGCACCAGAAUUCAAAAGCAUCCAUUCUUUGGCGAUCAGCCUUCUUUAUGAUCCAGCUCUCACUUCCAUACAUCACUACCGGGAAAACCAGAGCUUGAACUAUACGGACCUUUGUCGGCAAGGUGAUGUCUCUGCUUUUUAAGAUGCUGUCUAGGUAUGUUCCUGUUUAUCCAGAAACACUAGGACUAGAAUCCUUAUUUUCAAGGCCUUGAAGCAGGUGGAGGAAGGCCUGUUUUGCAUGUACAAGACGCCGGUUUCAAUCCCCGUUGUCUCCAGAUUCUUAGUUGAAAGAGCUGGGAAAGACAGGGCCUUUUCUGUGGUGGCUCCCCAUUUGUGGAAUGUAUCCAGGAUGUAUUUUGUGGGGGCUUUUAUUGUAAUUUUAGUUGGUGAGAUCUGUGGAUGAAGGGCGGUAUACAGAUAAUAAUAGUAAUAAUAAUAAUAAUAAUAAUAAUAAUAAUAAUAAUAACCCCUAUGGAAAAUCAAUAAUUUAUAGCUUCUGAAAAGCUGAAAUAACAGCAGACUAAGAAACAGAUUAAAACGUGCAUCAAAUUUAAUCAAUCAAUCAAUUAAUUAAUUAAUAAAAAUAACAACCCCUAUGAAAAAUCAACAAUUUAUGUCUUCUGGAAAGUUGAAAUAACAACGGACUAGGAAUCAGAUUUAAAAGUGCAUCAAGUUUAAUAAUAAUAAUAAUAAUAAUAAUUUUUCUCCAGGCCAGGACAAUAAAAUGACCACAAAGAAAAAGUAAAAAAGGUUGAUAUAAGAAGAGGCUAUCAAACAAUGGAAAUGUUUCAAGUGGGGCUGCGCCAAAAAGAGCACAGAGAUGACGCCUGUUAUCAUGAGGCAGGAAGUUCCAGAGGUUAAUUUGGGUCUCCGCUCCCAAAUUGCAAAAUGCAGAACGUCUUGUAAGCUGUCUCUCUCUCUCUCCCCGAGGCCAUAACCUCGUUGUCUUCGGCCGGCCUUCCACCUCCUGACUUCAAUUAGCGAGACGUCCAAACGAGCUUCCGUCGGGAUUAGGUUUCUGCGACGUUGCCGUUUUGCCAGGCGGGAAAUGGAGACGUCGAACGUUGGGGGGGGGGAACCCCAAUAGUGACCCCUUGCCCCCGUAAAACCCACAUUCUAGGAACUGACCGCAAACACCUGGAAAUCCUCCGACUUAACCGAGAUCACGAAGGCCGGAUUAACUCCCUGGCCAAACCUGUGUUGAGUGAGACAUGGCAGACCUUGUCAGGCUGUUGUGCGAUCCCUGGGGUCAGAUCCGCGGAACUGCAAUUUCUCGUGUUUCUCGAGAGCCAAGUCUCGGAAGGAGACCUUAUUCCAUUUUUUUUUACAGAAUCAUCAAAUCAUAGCGUUGGAAGGGACCCCCAGGGUCAUCCAAUCUGACCCCGCGGGAAGGCAUGAAUCUUUCGCCCAACGUGGGUCUCAGUGUCAUAUUUACAAGCUACAGUGGUACCUCGGGUUACAUACGCUUCAGGUUACAUACGCUUCAGGUUACAGACUCCGCUAACCCAGAAAUAGUGCUUCAGGUUAAGAACUUUGCUUCAGGAUGAGAACAGAAAUCGUGCUUCAGCGGUGCGGUGGCAGUGGGAGGCCCCAUUAGCUAAAGUGGUGCUUCAGGUUAAGAACAGUUUCAGGUUAAGUACGGACCUCCGGAAUGAAUUAAGUACUUAACCCGAGGUACCAUUGUAUAGCUUAGGGCCCCACUCUCUUGGGGCCCCCCCAAAAAAAUUUAAAGGGGGAAAAAAAACCCCUGGAUGUACAUUUCCAAAAUAUAGGAUAAAAAAACCCAAAUCAAAUAAAACCUACAUACAGCAACAGUGUUUUAUGUUGUGUCGGCUCCUAUCUGUUAGGUGCAAAUGGCUUUAGAUACCUAUUAGGUCAGGCAUAGGCAAACUCGGCCCUCCAGAUGUUUUGGAACUACAACUCCCAUCAUCCCUGACCACUGGUCCUGUUAGCUAGCGAUGAUGGGAGUUGUAGUCCCAAAACAUCUGGAGGGCCGAGUUUGCCUAUGCCUGUAUUAGGUCCAUCAAUUACCAUAUAGCAUAUAUUCAACACAAAAAACAGGGUUUGUUGUUGACAAAGGACAGCUGGACAUAUUCCUUUAAUUUGGGCGGGCGUUAGGGUUAAAAGGGUAAAGGGACCCCUGACCGUUAGGUCCAGUCGCGGACGACUCUGGGGUUGCGGCGCUCAUCUCGCUUUACUGGCCGAGGGAGCUGGCGUGCAGCUUCCGGGUCGUGUGGCCAGCAGGACUAAGCCGCUUCUGGCGAACCAGAGCAGCGCACGGAAACACCGUUUACCUUCCCGCCAGAGAGCUACCUAUUUAUCUACUUGCACUUUGAUGUGCUUUCGAACUGCUAGGUGGGCAGAAGCAUGGACCGAGCAAUGGGAGCUCACCCCAUUGCGGGGAUUCGAACCGCCGACCUUCUGAUCGGCAAGUCCUAGGCUCUGUGGUUUAACCCACAGCGGUUAGGGUUAGUCAAAUCAGCUGAACUGGGUUCCGCCCAGUCACAAAAACAAAUGAACCAAAAAAGCCUCCGAAAUAAAAACACAAAAUGAAUAGCAAAACCCAAAGAGCCAAAUACAGUGGUACCUUGGUUCUCCAACUUAAUCCGUUCCGGAAGUCCGUUUGACUUCCGAAAUGUUCGGAAACCGAGGCGCGGCUUCUGAUUGGCGCAGGCGCCCCGGAAACAAGAGCCGACAACCGCAUCGGAUGUUUGGCUUCCGAAAAACAUUCGAAAACCGGAACACUCACUUCUGGGUUUUCGGCGUUUGGUAACCAAGGCGUUUGAGGACCAAGGCGUUUGAGAACCAAGGCGUUUGAGAACCAAGGUACCACUGUACUUUGCAAGGUGUGCAUCUAGGUGAUGCAUGCGAUUUUAAAUCAAUAAGUGCGCCAAAUAAGUAUUUGAAAUGCACUCUUAAAAAACACAAGCAGUCCGUUCAUUCUCUUGGCUAGCACAAUAAAAUUACUUGGAUUGGACUGGCAAACCGGCUGCAAUCAGUCUUCCUUCCUUCUACCUGCCAAGCUCAUAGAUAUAAUAAAAUAAGAAUAUUUCCCCCGAAACAUGUAUUUGUUGGUUCAGAAUCCGGCUGCUUCCCCCCUUUUAAAGGACUAGUCCGGCGCAAUAAAAGCCGAAAUAAUAAAUGGGAUGUCCGUCAUGUUUUAUAGAACUAUAAACGUCCCGGGAUUAGCGGACGUUUCCGUUCAAAUAAACGCAGGGUUAAAUAUAUGUGGCGAGGAAAGCUUUUGGAACUUGGGAGAUUUUAUAGAUGCGUAUAGUUUUAAGCCCAUCAAUGUUCUAAAAGACUGGUUUUUGGGGAUCUUAUUUUUGCCUGUAAGCCGCCUUGAAUCCCAUCAGGAAAAUAGUGGAGAAUAAUAAUAAUAAUAAUAAUAAUAAUAAUAAUAAUAUUCUCUGCUGUUGCUUCUGGUGCAGCUUCCGAGAAAUUUUUGUUUGAAAAAUGACAUUAACUCUCCUCGUUUCCUGUUCUUAAUGCUUGCAAUUUUUUAACGUUGUGAAUUCUCGGUCCCUCAGUCCAGCCCAGUUAUACUCAGAGUUAGGGUAGCCGUAUUUCAGGAAGUUCAAAUCCGGACACAAAAGUUAUUGACCUUUUUUUUUUUUUUUUUUGGCAGGGGUGGUGGUGGUCAAAGUUCUUGAGUCCAUCCCCCCCCAAAAAAUACACCCAGUUUUUGAGCAAUUUUAAAUGGCUGCUGGAAAUUUCGCACGGAUGUGACUUUCGGUUGCCGAAUCCUGGGAAAUUCUGGACGUAUGGCUUGAGAUUGUGGAUUGCAGGGGCCAGAACAGGGGCAGCCACACUAAUAAUAAUAAUAAUAAUAAUAAUAAUAAUAAUAAUAAUAAUAAAAUAGCCUGCCUUUUGUCCAGGUCAGGGCUCAAUCUGCGGCUUGCAGAUAAAAUACAAAAACACAGAUAAAACAGAAAAAGCUGCUUUAUCCUUGUUGGGAACGUCGCAGGGCCUUAUUAGUGGUGGCUCCUCCCAGGCAACUUUGGAACUCCCUGCUUAGGAAAGCCAGACUGGCUCCUUCCUUGCUGUCCUUUUGCCGGCCGAUAAAGACUUUCUUCUUCCAACCGACUGCUUUUAAGGAAAUAAAAACGUGCUGAUGUUUUGACUGCUGCCGUUAUCUGCAUUUUCAAUAGAUUUUUUUUGGUGUGUGAUAUUGCUCGGAUUCCGUUAUCGUUUGAUUACUUGCCAACGGCGAUGUCACAUACGUUUUUAGCUUUUCGCUUUUUAUCCGUGCCGUGUUGCUUUGUGCAAGCGGACUUCGGCUCCCGGGUCUGGGGGAAAGGCGGGAUAGGAAUAAUAAUAAUAAUAAUAAUAAUAAUAUAUACUACAAGGAGGCAUAGAGGAGGGAAAGUUUGCAAUUUCAAUCGCUGCAAUUCUGGUCUCCUCCAGCUGUUUUAAAAAGUACCAAUAAUAAAAGAGAGAGAGAGAUGGAGGUGCCGUAAAAGCCAGCCAUUCGAAAAAGGAAAAAGCGAAUAAAUGUCUCUGACACCUUGGAAAUCUGGUUUCACUUCCCGGCAUAACUUAACACCUGAUCAGUAGGAGAAAAUAAAUAAAAAUAGAAGGAGAAAGUGAUAAAAUCCUUCACAGGUAUAGUGGGACUGAAACUCCCCAUAAUCUCUCCAGCGCAGCUCCAAGAUUUUCCUCUCCCGGUGUGAAAAUUUCACACCUUUCCCUUUUAAAACACAUGUUUUUGGGGGUUCUUGCAUCUGGGGGGAAGGAAGGAGGACUAUGGGAGGAAAACAGCAAGCGUCCUCCGGACCACUGGGGUGUUUUUGGUUUUUGCUAGCAUUUAGAAAUACGGGUGGAAAAUUUGGGGGCCACCAUCUUCGCUGGCCUCGAAAUCCCUCCGGAAAACAGAUCCUGGAAAGAUUUUGGCCUGCGUCGCAGAUUUGUGUAGACUCCUCCGCUGUUUUCCUGCCCCAUCCCUCCCCUUCUUCGUCGGGGACUGACAUCCUUUGGUAAUUGCUGUGUUUUGGGGACGUCCUGUACUCUGUUGUUGUUGUUGUUUAGUCGUUUAGUCAUGUCCGCCUCUUCGUGACCCCCUGGACCAGAGCACGCCAGGCCCUCCUGUCUUCCACUGCCUCCCGCAGUUUGGUCAAACUCAUGCUGGCAGCUUCGAGAACACUGUCCCACCAUCUUGUCCUCUGUCGUCCAUUCUCCUUGUGCCCUCCAUCUUUCCCAACAUCAGGGUCUUUUCCAGGGAGUCUUCUCUUCUCAUGAGGUGGCCAAAGUCUUGGAGCCUCAGCUUCAGGAUCUGUCCUUCCAGUGAGCACUCAGGGCUGAUUUCCUUCCGAAUGGAGAGGUUGGAUCUUCUUGCAGUCCAUGGGACUCUCCAGAGUCUCCUCCAGCACCAGAAUUCAAAAGCAUCCAUUCUUUGGCGAUCAGCCUUCUUGAUGGUCCAGCUCUCACUUCCAUACAUCACUUGUAGAAACCGCCUUCUUGACCGUUGGACCCAGUCUUGCUCUCGUCCUCUCUGUCCUCCAUAGCCUGUCUUCUCAAGCCCCAACUCACGGGUAGGCAAACUAAGGCCCGGGGCCUGGAUCCGGCCCAAUCGCCUUCUCAAUCCAGCCCGCGGACGGUCCAGGAAUCAGCGUUUUUAUAUGAUUAGAAUGUGCCCUUUUAUUUAAAAUGCAUCUCUGGGUUAUUUGUGGGGCGUAGGAAUUCGUUCAUUUAUUUAUUUUUCAAAAUAUAAUCCUGCCCCCCACGAGGUCUGAGGGACAGUGGACCGGCCCCCUGCUGAAAAAGUUUGCGGACCCCUGCCCUAACUCACUGAGGGUUUGAGACCCAUCGGCUUGCCUUCACCUGGUUUAGCCAGCCAGUUGAAGCCGUUUCCCGGGAUUGUGGCCGCCAUCUCAUGCCGGCAGCUUCUAGAAACCACAGGUCAGAUCUGAGUGCAGGAUGAGGGGCCAAAAUUGACCCCAGAAGGAGCAUGGUGUGCCCCCGCCAGAGGGUGCUAGUCCUCCCCAAACAUCCCAGCUAGGGUUGCCAUAUUUUGAAUAAAAAAGAGGACACAAUGGCCAAGUUUUAACACUGGAUUGCUAUGACGACUCUCGUUUUACCCAUGAAAAAGAGGACAUAUCUGGGGGGGAGGGGACGACUGCCAACCCCAUGAGGACUAGAAUCUUGCUUUGUUUUUAAGGGAAGAAUCGCCACUUUGUAUGGGUAGAGCUUUUGCUCCGUAUGCGGAAAGCCCCGGGUUCAGAACCCGCCGUCCCCAGACAGGGUUGGCUAGGGGCACCCUGCCUGAAACCCUCGCGGGUCUGCUGCCAGCCCGUGCGGACAAUACUAAACUGAAUGGAACAACCGGAACAACUAAGGAGGAGGUUUUCCCCUCUGCUGCUACGGACACUCAGCAGAAUUCGUCUUGGCUCUCCGCAGACGGAACCAAUUACCUCAAUAUUUGGUUGCCCUUUCGCUGAGUGGGUCCAGAUGUUGCGGGCCGUAUUCCCACCAAAGGAUCAAUUAGCCUUGCAAAGGAUCAGGGCAUGGGGGGGGUUGGGGGGGAGAGGAAUCGGCGCUUUCCCUCCAGAUGUUGUCAGACUCCGAGCGGCGGUGGAAGCUGGCAUCCCGCAAGAUCGAAAGAAACCUCUGUAUGUUUACAUCCUGCCGUUUCCUCCGAAGGAGCUCGAGGUGGGCUGUGAUAUGCUCUCCUCCCCUUUAAACCCCCCCAACAAUGCUGCGAGGUAGGUUGGGCUGAGAGGCAGUGACCGGCCCCCAAAGCCACCCACUUGAGCUGGAUUCGAACUCGUGUCUCUCCCUAGUCUGAGACGCCUUUCGCCCUCCAGAUGUUGAUGGCUACAACUCGCACCCCACACUUGCGGGGUCAUAGCUUAGGAACAUCGCGAGGGCCAAAGGUUCCCCACUUUUAAUCUGGGGGGGCAUCUUCAGUUGAAGAUACAGAGGGUUGGACUAGAUGACCCUGGGUGUCCCUUCUGAAUCUACAAUUCGAUGAUACCAUGAUCUCAUUUUUGAGCCUCCAAGUAUUAAGAUUGCCAGAAGAAAUAUCAACAACCUCUGAUAUGCAGGUGACACAACCUUGAUGGCAGAAAGUGAGGAGGAAUUAAAUAACCUUUUGUUGAGGGUGAAAGAGGAGAGCGCAAAAUACGGUCCGAAGCUCAACAUAAAAAAAAACGAAGAUCAUGGCCACUGGUCCCAUCACCUCCUGGCAAAUAGAAGGGGAAGAAAUGGAGGCAGUGAGAGAUUUUUCUUGGGCUCCAUGAUCACUGCAGUUGGUGACAGCAGCCACGGAAUUAAAAGACGCCUGCUUCUUGGGAGAAAAGCGAUGACAAACCUAGACAGCAUCUUAAAAAGCAGAGACAUCACCUUGCCAACAAAGGUCCGUAUAGUUAAAGCUCUGGUUUUCCCAGUAGUGAUGUAUGGAAGUGAAAGCUGGACCAUCAAGAAGGCUGAUCUCCGAAGAAUGGAUGCUUUUGAAUUCUGGUGCUGGAGGAGACUCUUGAGAGUCCCAUGGACUGCAAGAAGAUCCAACCUCUCCAUUCUGAAGGAAAUCAGCCCUGAGUGCUCACUGGAAGGACAGAUCCUGAAGCUGAGGCUCCAAUACUUUGGCCACCUCAGGAGAAGAGAAGACUCCCUGGAAAAGACCCUGAUGUUGGGAAAGCACGUUUAAAAAAGGAUGGGAAACGUUGAUUGAAUAUAUGGUUGAAAAUUGUGUUCACUGACCAUUAAGAUAAACUCAGCAGCGUAAAUAAGUUUUGAUGGAUGUAACAAUGGAUUACUGAAUGGUUCCUUUCAUGUAAAAUAUGCGGGGAUGGAUGAUAAGCAGAGAAUAAGGAAAGCCAUUGAUUUAAGGUUGUUUAAAUAAAUAUUUUGAAAUGUAAAUUAUAAAAUCAUGUGUAUGUGUGUGUGAAAGGGGAGAACAUACUUUCAAGGUACGGUUUGGAAUAUUUAUUACUGCUAAUAUUUGUUUAUUUAUUCUUAUUAAUCCAAACCGUACAUUUAAAGCACAUUUAAAGUGCAUAUAAUAAACGUAAUAAAAGAGGAGUAGUAUUAAUUCAUUUAUUCGGUAGAGCAUGAGACUCUUCAUCUCAGGGGUCAUGGGUUCGAAUCCCAAGUUGGGUAAAAGAUUCCUGCAUUUCUUUGGGGUUGGGCUGGAUGACCUUCAGGGUCCCUUUUAGCUCCAAAAUAACUCACCCUUCGCCAGCAGGUCCCAAGGUGGGUUGCAAUACAGGUGAAACUCGAAAAAUUAGAAUAUCGCGGGAAAGUUCAUUGAUUUCAGGAAUUCAACUUGAAUGGUAAAACUAAUAGGUGAGAUCGACUCGUGACAUGCAAAGCGCGAUGUGCUUCUGCUUCUCAGAGGUCCAAUCUUGCUCGAUUUGCAACCCUUGUUUUGCUGAUUUCCUUGAAUAUUCUAAUUUUCUGAGAUGGUUAAUUUGGGGUUUUCACCAGCUGCACGCCAUGAUCACAAAUCAAAGCUUGACAUAUCUUGCUUUGCAUGUCACGAGUCGAUCUCAUAUAUUAGUUUCACCUUUCAAGCUGAAUUCCUGAAAUCAAGGAACUUUCCCACGAUAUUCUAAUUUUUCGAGUUUCACCUGUAUUUUAAAAUUUCAAUACCAGCAGUUUUGGGGUUUUUUUAAUUGUUUACAGCCAAUGGCCAUGGCGAGACCAUAUAAGCACAAAUCACCAAGCUACAGAACAGAAGGCUUUGCACGCAUGCGCCAGACCAAGACAAAUUUACAAUGCCCAGAAUUUCAAAAAACAUCCCUUCUGGUCAGCCUAAUCCUGGGCUUUGGCACUUACAUUCCCCAAAAAGGUUGCCCCGAUCUUCCUUGCACCUAGUGCAAAUAUAACCGACGCGUUUGUCGACAUCUGCCAGAGCGGCAGAUGUUAAAAAAACAUCUGGUUGACCUUCCGAAAUCCAGAAUUAAAGAACAAAUUGCAGUCGCAGGAAUAGGGUGUCUCCUGAGCUUUCGGUCAAGAGAUCUUGUCUUUGUAAACCGCUCUGAGGUUUUUGUUUCGUUCUGGCAACCCGGCGAGGAACAAAUCUCAUGAAAGACAUACGUACGGUGGAAUAGCGAUGGAAACAAUCUGCAAAGCGAGGGACGCCCUGUACGUCCGAGAACGUCCUGGGAUAUGGCUUGGGAGCUGAGCAAUAAUAAUAAUUUAUUAUUUAUACCCUGCCCAUCUGGCUGGGAUUCCCAGCAGAAUAUUAAAAGCACGAUAAAAGAUCAAACAUUAAAGGCUUCCCUAAACAGGGCUGCCUUCAGAUGUCUUCUAAAAGUCAGGUAGUUGUUUAUUUCCUUGACAUCUGAUGGGAGGGCGUUCCACAGGGCGGGCGCCACCACCGAGAAGGCCCUCUGCCUGCUUCCCUGUAACCUCGCUUCUCGCAGGGAGGGAACCGCCAGAAGGCCCUCGGGAGAUGGACCCCGGUGUCCGGGCUGGACGAUGGGGGUGGAGACACUCCUUCAGGGAUACUGGGCCGUUUAGGGCUUUCAAGGUCAGCGCCAACACUUUGAAUUGUGCUCAGAAACGUCCUGGGAGCCAAUGCAGGUCUUUCAAGAUAGGUGUUAUGUGAUCUCGGCGGCCGCUCCCAGUCACCAGUCUAGCUGCCGUAUUCUGGAUUAGUUGUCGUUUCCGGGUCACCUUCAAAGGUAGCCCCACAGAGAGCGCAUGGCAGUAGUCCAAGCGGGAGAUAACCAGAGCAUGCACCACUCUGGCCAGACAGUCUGCGGGCAGGGAGGGUCUCAUCCUGCGUACCAGAUGGAGCUGCCCUGGACACAGAAUUGACCUGCGCCUCCAUGGACAGCUGUGAGUCCAAAAUGACCCCCAGGCUGAGCACCUGGUCCUGAUCUUCCUUGCCCAAUUUUUUUUCUCUCUCUCUGCUCCUUUCCCUUGCAGACCCGGCCAUCAUCCUCCCCCAAGACCCGACUCUCCGCAUCGGCUCCUCGCUCACGGCCAACUGCUCGGUUGCCGCCGACUCGAGCCUGCGAGCCGAGGACCUUUACUGGACUCUGAACGGCCGGCGGCUCCCGGCACAGACGUACAAGGUCCUCAGCUCCAACACCCUGGGUGUCACGAUCUCUAACUUGAACGGAUCGCAGCAGCAGUCGGGGGACAACUUGGUCUGCCACAGCAAGGAAGGCGGAGGGAUUUUGGCCGGAUCCUGUCUCUACGUAGGAUGUACGUCUGGGGAAAAAAUCUCCCCCUCCUCCUGCAACAAAAUUUUGUAGUAUAGCCAGCCAGCCGGCCUUGCCCUUUUCUAGGCAACUCCAUUCCGUUCCACCGUCCGGCGGGAUCUUCAAUGGCCGAGUCUGUGACCCUCUGCUUGCAAAUGGGUGUGGGGGGGGGACCCCUAACAUUUCCUUGUGUUUCUGCAAAAUUUGGGGCGCCCUAGUCUUGCUUUUGCAUCAGCCUGACAAAAUGCAGCCCUCGGGGUCUCUCUGUUUGACCCUUGCCGCUCUCCGUAGGCCCUACCCCUCACCAAAUUUGCACCACGCUUUGCCUGAGUGUGUAACUCUGACCACGUCGGAGAAGUGUGAGAGAGGAAGAGGUUGUAGAAAGUAGCCUGUUGCGUCAAGGUAAGAUUCGCACCCGGCGCCCUGCCUUCUUUAGCCUCUGGCCCCCAGCACUACUCUGCCCAGAAUGGAAUGCGGACCUCAGGUUGUUAAACAUCCCCCCCAACAGCCGUGUAUUGUUGGCAAAACGAUGCCUCCGAUAUCAACAGAUGCUGUGAAAAUUCAUGACAGCAAAGGGGUGGACAUUGCUUGCUCUGCAGCUGACGUCGAACCACAUGCGUUCCAACCAUAGCUGUCAACGUUUCCCUUUUUUAAAGCAAAAUUCCCUUAUUCCGAAUAGGAUUCCUCGCAAGAAAAGGGAAACGUUGACAGCUGCGUGUCUUAAGGGCUUCUGUACGAGUCAAAUGACCACGCAAGGGCACAGACCCCAAAAAUGGGAUGUCCCAAUUUAAUCGGGACAGUGGAAGGGCAUGCAAUUGCUUACAAUUCCCUUCUGUCCACCGUGAUGGGAUUGCAUCACAGAAUCACAGAAUUGUACAGUUGGAAGGGACACCCAGGGCUCAUCUAUUCCCACCCCCCGCCAUGUGUGAAUCUCAGCUAAACCAUCCCUGACCGAUGGCCACCCAAGCUCUGCUUGAAAACCUCCAAGGAAGGAGAGUUUGCCGCCUUCCAUCCCACUGUCGGAAAGUCCUUCCUGAUGUUGAGUUGGAAUCUCCUCCCUCGUCACUUGAAGCCACGGGUUCGAGUCCUGCCCUCCGCAGCGGGAGAAAACAAGCCUGCUCCCUCUUCCAUGCGACAGCCCUUCAGAUAUUUGAAGACGGCUCUCGUAUCUCCUCUCCGUCUCCUCUUUUCCAGGCUAAACGUACCCAGCUCCUUCAACCGUUCCUCAUCAGGCUUGGUUUCCAGACCAUCUCGGUCUCCCUCCUCUGCCCACCUUCCAGCUUGUCAACAUCCUCCUUAAAUUGUGGAGCCCAGAACUGGACACAGUAUUCCAGGCGUGGUCUGACCCAAGCAGAAUAAAUUGGGACUAUGACUUCCCUUGAUCUGGACACUAGACUUCUGUGGAUGCAGCCUAGAAUAGCAUUCGCCUUUUUUGCUGCUGCAUCACACUGUGGGCUCACGUUCAGCUCGUGGUCCACUAAGACCCCCAGAUCCUUUCCCCAUGUACUGCUAGUAAGCCAGAUGUCCAUCCCCUCAUCUUUAUAUUUGUGCAUUUGAUUCUUCCUGCCUAAUUGCAGAACCUGAAGUUUGUCCCUGCUGAAAUUCAUUUAGUUCUCCAGUCUCCAUUUUUGAAUCCCGAUUCCGCCUUCUGCCGCAUUUGGAUCAAACAACCACCUCCAGAUCCAACCUCUCCCAUCAGCCCCCUUUUCCCACGCUAACACGCCCUGGCCGUUUCUUCCCAGGCCUUUGGGUAAUAAAAACGCUUUGUGGUCUCCGGAGUUUCGUAGCAAGGCCUGCCAUCGUUAGCCAACAAGGGCUCGUUUCCCCGGGAAAAAGCUAUUUUGGCGGGACGCUGCCAAAUUGCAGUUGUCCAAAUCAAUAUUCGUAAGAUUUUUAUCGCAAGCUAUUUUUAAGAUACUCCACUCGGGAAGAUGGGAACCUCCGGCUGGGAAAAGGGAAAGAUUUUGCUCCAACGCCCACCCUGCCGCAGCGGCACACAAACGCCCCGGUCCAAAUCGUUGCUACCCAGAGGACAAGGUUUAAACAUUUUACUGUGCCAAGCAAGAGAAGAGUUUCUGUUUCCCCUCGCAAAACAGGCUGUUCUUUUUCAUGAGCUAAGCAUGUCUGUUUCCCUGUUAACAUCACACUUGUCUCUUCCUGGUCCUGAAUGGGGUCACUGUGCCCCUGAAGGACCAGGUGCUCAGCCUGGGGGUCAUUUUGGACUCACAGCUGUCCAUGGAGGCACAGGUCCAUUCUGUGUCCAGGGCAGCUCCAUGUGGUACGCAGGAUGAGACCCUACCUGCCCGCGGACUGUCUCAUCGGAGUGGUGCAUGCUCUGGUUAUAUCCUGCUUGGACUCCUGCAAUGCGCUCUAUGUGGGGCUACCUUUGAAGGUGACCCGGAAACUGCAACUAAUCCAGAACGCGGCAGCUAGAUUGGGGACUGGGAGCGGCCGCCGAGACCACAUAACACCAGUCCUGAAAGACCUGCAUUGGCUCACAGGACAUUUCUGAGCACAAUUCAAAGUGUUGGCGCUGACCUUGAAAGCCCUAAACGGUCCAGUAUCCCUGAAGAAUCAUCUCCACCUCCAUCGUCCAUCCCGGACUUUGAGGUCCAGCUCCGAGGGCCUUCUGGUGGUUCCCUCACUGCGAGAAGCGAGGUUACAGGGAACCAGGCAGAGGGCCUUCUCGGUGGUGGCACCUGCCCUGUGGAACGCCCUCCCGCCAGAUGUCAAGGAAAUAAACAACUACCUGACUUUUAGAAGACAUCUGAAGGCAGCCCUGUUUAGGGAAGAGUUUGAUGUUUUAUCGUGAUUUAAAUAUUCUAUUGGGAGCCGUCCAGAGUAGCUGGGGAAACACAGCCAGAUGGGCGGGGUAUAAAUACAUCAUCAUCAUCAUCCUCAUUCUAUAUUUUCAUCCUCUAGUGCCGCCAGAGAAACCGACGAACAUCUCCUGCUGGUCCAAAAAUCUAAAGGACCUCACCUGCCGGUGGACCCCUGGGACAGAGGGAGAGACUUACCUGCACACCAAUUAUACCCUGAAGUACAAAUUGAGGUAAGGUCCUGAGAGGAGGCGGGGGCUUGGCCCGGCAAAGGAUCUGAAGCUCUCUUUAAGCCUGGCAGGGUGCAGAUGCCUCCCAGGUGAGACAAAAAUCCAAGGAUUACCGUAUUUUUCGCUCUAUAGGACGCACUUUUCCCCCUCCAAAAAUGAAGGGGAAAUGUGUGUGCGUCCUAUGGAGUGAAUGCAGGCUUUCGCUGAAGCUUGGAGAGCGAGAGGGGUUGGUGCGCACCGACCCCUCUCGCUCUCCAGGCUUCAGGAAGCUAUCCGCAAGCCUUCGCUUGCCGCCGGGCUCCAAAGGCUUGUGGAUAGCAGCCUGCAGCCUGAAGCCCGGGGAGCGGUGCGCAGCGCACCCCGGGCUUCGGGCAGAUAUCUGCAAGCUUUGGGAGCCGGGCAGGAGUUCCCGCGGGAUCCCAAGGCUUGCGGAUAGCAGCCUCCAAACCCAACCUGGUUUGGAGGCUGGCGGUGGGGAAAGCAGCGCUUCUCCCCACCGCCAGCCCCACAAGCUCAGGGGACAGCGGGGAGGUGGAGCGCCGCCUUCCCGCUGUUCCCCGACCUGGUCUUUGGGGCUGGUGGUGGGGGAAAGCAGCGCUCCCCCCUGCCAGCCCCAAAGAGCAGGUCGAAAGCAAUCCGGAGGCUUCAGGUGAAUGUACCUUGAACGAACAGAACGCACCUUGACUUCGAGGGGUCCUAUGGUCCGGUGCGUCCAAUAGAGCGAAAAAUACGGUAGUUGGAUCAAUUGAGUCGCUCUAUCCGUUUCUGUUGGCCAGGAUGCUAAAUGCAGCUUCCGGGUUCAGAGGCAGUCUAUCUCUGAAGCGCCCAAGGUUAUUUCCUCUUUUUAAUGUUGUAAAGGUAAAGGGACCUCUGACCAUUAGGUCCAGUUGCGGAUGACUCUGGGGUUGCGGCGCUCAUCUCGCUUUAUUGGCCGAGGGACCCGGCGUACAGCUUCCGGGUCAUGUGGCCAGCAGGACUAAGCCGCUUCUGGCGAACCAGAGCAGCGCACGGAAACGCCGUUUACCUUCCUGAUGGAGUGGUACCUAUUUAUCUACUUGCACUGGCGUGCUUUCAAACUGCUAGGUUGGCAGGAGCAGGGACCGAGCAACGGGAGCUCACCCUGUCAUUGCGAGGAUUCGACCCGCCGACCUUCUGAUCGGCAAGUCCUAGGCUCUGUGGUUUAACCCACAGCGCCACCCACGUCCCAUUUAAUGUUGUUGUUGUACUUGGCUGCUAUUUCCAUAUCACAUCCCAUGGCAAUGGUAUCCUGGCACUUCCCUCCUAGGUGGUACGGGCGAGACAACGUCUGCCGGGAAUAUCACACGGCCGGGCCCUACACCUGCCACAUCCCAAAGGAUCUGGCACUCUUCACGCCCUACGAGAUUUGGGUCGUAGCCACCAACCGGCUGGGGGAAUCCACGUCCGACGUGGUCAUGCUGGACAUCGUGGACGUAGGUAAGGAAGUCCCGCAAGCUCUUUCAUCCAGAGACGGUGCUUCUGUUGCGGGUUAUGGGCUGUUCAUUCCCAGAAAACCAUCUUAGUGAGUUUCUGCACGUAAAAAAUGUGUGUUUUCCCCCUAUCAGGAACAGGCAGCUCUGUAUACAGUGGUACCUCGGGUUACACACGCUUCAGGUUACAUACGCUUCAGGUUACAGACGCCGCCAACCUAGAAAUAGUGCUUCAGGUUAAGAACUUUGCUUCAGGAUGAGAACAGAAAUCGUGCUCAGGCGGCGCAGUGGCAGCAGAAGGCCCCAUUAACUAAAGUGGUGCUUCAGGUUAAGAACAGUUUCAGGUUAAGAACAGAACUCCGGAACGAAUCACCAUAUUUUUUGCUCUAUAAGACGCACCAGACCACAAGACGCACCUAGUUUUUGGAGGAGGAAAACAAGAAAAAAAAUAUUCUGAAUCUCAGAAGCCAGAACAGCAAGAGGGAUCGCUGUGCAGUGAAAGCAGCAAUCCCUCUUGCUGUUCUGGCUUCUGGGAUAGCUGCGCAGCCUGCAUUCGCUCCAUAAGACGCAGACACAUUUCCCCUUGCUUUUUAGGAGGGGGAAAGUGAGUCUUAUAGAGCGAUAUAUAUAUAUAUAUCGCUAGUGGAGGAGAAUCAGAGCAGAUCUUUUCUUUCUUUUUUAUUUUUAUUUUUAAAAGGAAAGAUAAAACAUUUUUGCAGAAAUCUGCAAGUUCUGUUGCUGGCGAUCAGAAAUCUCUUGCAAGUCCUCCGCUGGUUCAAAUGUCAUAACCGGGAUAUCAGGUUAUGGGGGGGUGGAGAUCAGCAGCGGGUUGAAGGGGACCCCUGGAGGAAAUCUAGUCCAAUCCUCUGCAAUGCUGGGAUUACAGCUGGAGAGUCCCUGAACUGUCUGCCCGAAACUUUCCAAGGAAGGAAAGUUCCACCACUUUCUACAAUCGUCAAACAAGCUCUUACGGUCAGAAAUUCCCUUCUAAAAUUCAAGGCGAAUCUCCUUUCUUGACAUUUAAACCCCUCAAUUCUGGUCCUACAUCUGAAGAAGUAUCGGGAAGUUUUUUUUUAAUGUUUGGAUUUUAUUUUAUUUUAUAAUAUUUUGCUGGAAGCCGCCCAGAGCCAGUGGGGAAACCCAGCCAGAUUGGGGCUGGGUAUAAAGAAUUAAAAAUAAUUAGAAUAAUUAGAACAACAACAACCGUCUGGAGCGGCUGGAGACAAGCUUUCAGAUAUCUGAAGAUGACUCCCAUAUCGUGUCUCAGCCUCCGUCUUCUCCAUGUGGAAAUCGCACGCCGAUAAUCCCAGCUAAACGCCGCCGGAGGCAAAAUGUUAUUUCGACGCCUGGCUUUCCCGUCGAUUCCCGAGCCCGUAAAACCCACUUUCGCCGCCUUCCGUGGUGUGGUGAUGUCACUGCGGGCACCUGUGACAUCACGCGGAGGGGAGUCGAUGACCUCAUUAGCAGAGCCAGGAAACGAGGGGGGGGGGGGAGAGAAACUGGGAUUGUCUCGGGCGUCCCGGAGAGGCGAAAGCAGGAAAUAUAUUGUAUGUGAGCGGAAUUGGUCUCUUAAUUUAAUUAGGAGCUCUCUCUCCUGGAUCUCACUCUCCCUUUCUGGCUCCUUCCAGACAUCUGCUUCUCCUUAACCCUUUCCCUUUGUGCCUGGACUCCCGCCAAGGUCAAAUCCUGCACGUGCGAUCGCCGUGCCCCAUAGGCGGAGGAGAUGUGUAGGUCCCAUGUCUGCGAGAAGCAAGGUUAACUCCCUUAAAAGGCAAAAAGAACCCUGGUCUGGAGAUAUCUCAGUUUCAUCUGCAACAAUUAUACGAUACAAUAUCUUUAUUGUCAUUGCCCAUACAAAACAACGGAACUGAAAAGAACAACGAAAUCGAACUAUUAUUUUUUUUGGGGAGGGGGGAGAAUUUGCAUUCUUUAGAAAAUAAAGGAAAUAUUUACACGGUGGAACGGAACCAUCUGAGCACUUUUUGCGCAAUGGAAACUUAACGGUAACUCAGCGAGACAAACCAUCCGGUCCACAUAUUUUCCAAGAAUACAGUGGUCCCUUGGUUCUCAAACUUAAUCCGUUCCGGAAGUCCGUUCCAAAACCAAAGCGUUCCAAAACCAAGACCCAUAGAAAGUAAUGCAGAACGGGUUAAUCCGUCCCAGACUUUUAAAAACAACCCCUAAAACAGCAAUUUAACUGUGAUUUUUUUGAAAUGUACAUCCAGGUUUUUUCCCCUUUAAAUUUUUCUGGGGCCCCCAAGAGAGAGGGCCCCUAAUCUAUAGCUUGUUUAGCUUAUACAUAAAUCUGGCACUGCCUGUUGCGCUCCCCCGACAGUCACGACCGACCCGCCCUCGGAUGUCCACGUCAACCGCGUCGGCGACCUUGAGGACCAGCUAAGUGUCCGCUGGAGUGCCCCUCCGGCCCUAAAGGACUUCCUCUUCCAAGCCAAGUACCAGAUUCAGUAUCGUGUGGAGGACAGCACCGAGUGGAAGGUGAGGGUCUCGCCCACCGGCGGGGGCCUGGCGCCCAUGGAAACUCCUUGGGGGGGCGACGGGAGGGGCAUUCGAAUGGGGGGCGGAGCCAGAGGCAGUGAUGUGCGGAGAGAAGAGCCAAUGGCAGGCAGCGCCAGCUAAACCCAAAAUGUUUGGGGGCAAAAGCACACUCUCCAAGCGUCCCAAAUUUCCAGGGACGUCCCUGAUUUAGAGAAGCCGCCCUGGUUUCUGAUUUUAUCCAGUUCAUGUUUCAUGGGAGAAACGUUGGAGGGGAUGGAAUAGGACGUCCCUAUUUUCAGGGGAGAAACGUUGGAGGGGAUGGAAUAGGACGUCCCUAUUUUCAGGGGAGAAACGUUGGAGGGGAUGGAACAGGACGUCCCUAUUUUCAGGGGAGAAACGUUGGAGGGGAUGGACUAGGACGUCCCUAUUUUCAGGGGAGAAACGUUGGAGGGGAUGGAAUAGGACGUCCCUAUUUUCAGGGGAGAAACGUUGGAGGGGAUGGAAUAGGACGUCCCUAUUUUCAGGGGAGAAACGUUGGAGGGGAUGGAAUAGGACGUCCCUAUUUUCAGGGAAGAAACGUUGGAGGCGAUGGAAUAGGACGUCCCUAUUUUCAUGGGAGAAACGUUGGAGGGAUGGAAUAGGACGUCCCUAUUUUCACGGGAGAAAUGUUGGAGGGGAUGGAAUAGGACGUCCCUAUUUUCAGGGGAGAAACGUUGGAGGGGAUGGAAUAGGACAUCCCUAUUUUCAGGGGAGAAACGUUGGAGGGGAUGGAAUAGGAUGUCCCUAUUUUCAUGGGAGAAACGUUGGAGGGAAAGGAAUAGGAUGUCCCUAUUUCCACAGGAGAAACGUUGGAGGGGAUGGAAUAGGACGUCCCUCUUUUCAGGGGAGAAACGUUGGAGGGGAUGGAAUAGGACGUCCCUCUUUUCAGGGGAGAAACGUUGGAGGGGAUGGAAUAGGACGUCCCUAUUUUCAGGGGAGAAACGUUGGGGGGGCUGGGCAUGCUUGCUUCACCUAGACCUCAACCCCCGACAUUUCCAGGUAAAGCUGGCCAUGUCUCCGUCCUGGAAAAAAGGCCCCCUUUCCGACGCCUUUUUCUCCCCCGCCGCAGGUGGUCGACAACGUGGGCAACCAAACCUCAUGCCGGCUCGCGGGUCUGAGGCCCGGCACCGUCUACUUCGUCCAGGUGCGCUGCAACCCGUUUGGCAUCUACGGUUCCAAGAAGGCCGGUAUCUGGAGCGAAUGGAGCAACCCUACGGCCGCCUCGACCCCUCGCAACGGUGUGUGGGCCCCGUCCCUCGCCCCGGCGGCCCCAGAGUUGGGGCUCGCAGCUGCAUCCGCGAUCCCCUCGCUCGGGGGUCCCUCCCCAGCCGCGGCCGCUUCUUCCCCCUCCCCAGAAACCCGAGCAGGCGUCCGGAGAACCGGACCUGUGCCAAACUCGGGCUUUGGGGAUGGGGAGAAAUCGUCUCUGGAGAAAUCCCAGCCUCCUCGUAUGCCCAGCACCUGGAUAUUUUGUCUUGGGGCCAGGCUGGAGGUCUUGUUAUUAUUUCCCAGCUCGGAAGUCGUCCCCAAAAGCUCACACCCUUCGCAGGCCAGACUUUCGCAAAUGAUGUCAUUCUCCUUUUCCUGGUUUCUAGGGGGGACACCUGAUUUUUCGCUUCAAGGCAGGGAAAGCGAAAGGUGCAGCAAAGGGCAGUCAAAAUGAUCAAGGGGGAAGGAGCAGCUUUCCGCUACAAGGAAGAGUGCCUGGCUCUUUCUGGUUCAGAGUAGCCGUUCCCAGACUUUUUAAGGGCCUCAUCACACCUAAAUCCGGCCCUGGACACGGGUCUCAAACCCACAACCCUGACGUUCGGAGUCUUGCAUUCUCCCGACUUGAGCUACGCCUGCGAGUUCCUUCCUGCCUUCCUCACGACUCUCCCCUCCCUCUCCUUUUUAAAAUACAUUUUUACUGGUUUUCUUAACAUAUCAUUUCCAACAAUCAUAUAACGUAACUUCUUGUCUUAUACAAUAUUUUAGACUUCCGUCAACGCCUCUGAUGAUUUUUCGUUCUUCAUCACUUACCGUAUUUUUUGCUCUAUAAGACUCACUUUUUCCCUCCUAAAAAGUAAGGGGAAAUGUGUGUGCGUCUUAUGGAGCGAAUGCAGGCUGCGCAGCUAUCCCAGAAGCCAGAACAGCAAGAGGCGUUGCUGCUUUCACUGCGCAGCAAUCCCUCUUGCUGUUCUGGCUUCUGAGAUUCAGAAUAUAUUUUUUUUCUUGUUUUCCUCCUCCAAAAACUAGGUGCGUCUUGUGGCCUGGUGCGUCUUAUAGAGCGAAAAAUACGGUGUUCUGCAUUUCUUAAUUUCUCUAUUACUCUUGAUUAUCAUUAACUAACAGUUCUUCUCAGAGUCUUUCUUGCAAUAUUUCAAAUAGUCCUCCUUACAAAACUUCUAGCGUGAUCCGUUCAUUACCAUUACUUUUCAAACAGUUCAUAUAUUUACACCAGUCUUCUAAGAAUCUCUGGUCCCGCAGGUUUCGAAUCCUUCCUGUUAAUUUAUCGAUCAAUCAAUCUUUAUUACGGUCCAGUGACCCAACAAAUCGUUACAAAGCAACGCACAAUUCAGACAGCCUACCUCCAGGUUAAACAAACAUUUUGUUCAAAAGAUAGGGAUCAUUGGUUCUUGCAACCACCGAUAAGAACUUCGCCUCUGUUAAUGUUUGUCUGGUCUUCCAAUAGGAACCUGACAUAGCGAGCCUCUGAUUUUCCCGGGAAAGGUACCAGCAAGGGUAGUAUCAGUUCAGCCCUGGCUUGCUCAUAUUUUGCACAGUGCAGCAAAAUAUGUUUUAUGGAAUCAAUGUCUUGAGCACAUGAGCAAGGUCUGUCCUGGUUGGGAACUCCUCUCAACACUGCAGAAGGAAAGACGUUUAGUCUGGCUUUGGUGAAUAACCUUCGAUAAUUUGGUAAAGGUAAAGGGACCCCUGAGCAUUAGGUCCAGUCGUGGAAGACUCUGGGGUUGCGGCGCUCAUCUCGCUUUACUGGCCAAGGGAGCCGGCGUACAGCUUCUGGGUCAUGUGGCCAGCAUGACUAAGCCGCUUCUGGCGAACCAGAGCAACGCACGGAAACACCAUUUACCUUCCCACCGGAGCAGUACCUAUUUAUCUACUUGCGCUGGUGUGCUUUCGAACUGCUAGGUGGGCAGGAGCAGGGACCGAGCAACGGGAGCUCACCCCGUCAUUGCGGGGAUUCGAACCGCCGACCUUCUGAUCGGCAAGUCCUGGGCUCAGUGGUUUAACCCACAGCGCCACCCGCAUCCCGAUAAUUUGGUACUGUCAGGGUUUUAAUGUAAGGUGUUAACUUAAAGACAUGCCCAUAUUGUACUCCUACUGCCAGCGGACUACAGACUGCGUGUGAUCGAGAUUGCAAGUCACGGCGUGCAUUAUCCCAUAAUCUUUGCUUUAAUGUCCUUAGGGCGCCUUCAUAACCCAGGUAAUAAAGUUAAUUUAUCUACUUCUCUCCCCUUCCUCUCCCAACCUUCUCAGGACGGGCGCCGGGGGUCUGCGAGCCCAAAAGCGGGGAACACAACAACACCUUGCGCCGGGAGCUGAAGCAGUUUUUUGGCUGGAUGCGCAAACACGGAAGCUGCGCAAGCCUGAGCAUCAAAAUGUACGACCAGUGGCGGGUUUCGCUCCAGAAGUCGCACAAAACACGGAACCAGGUAGGUAAGGAAAACAACCCCCCAUCCGUCCAUCUCCCCUGUCACCCCCUGAGCUGUCCUUGCAGCAAGGAGAAAGGAUCAGUGCGGCGAAUUUGGCACUGUUAAAAAAACAAAAGCGGCCGAUCGCCUAUGGCGAAUCGGCUCGUGCCGACGGCGAACAAGCGAGGAGGAAGACACAGCUCCUCGAUGACGUGCCUUUUGCAAGUAGGAAUAAAGAGGGCAUGAUGGAGACCAGGAAGAAUGAAGAUAUAAUGUUUUGUAAGGGCAAAAAGAAACAAUACGGGCAAAAUAAAUAAACAGAAAUAGAAAAUGAACGUCACAAGCAGGAACAAUAAAGGAUAUAGAACUUUGCUUGCAGGAAUACAAAUUAUUAAAUGUGUUAAUAUGAAUGGAAGUUAAAAAGAUUGUAGCUGUUGUAUAGGGGAUUAUGAUGAAAGUUGAAAUGUAAUUGCAUUUCAGUAAGACUAUGGAUGCGGGUGGCGCUGUGGGUUAAACCACAGAGCCUAGGGCUUGCCGAUCGGAAGGUCGGCGGUUCGAAUCCCCGCAAUGGGGUGAGCUCUCGUUGCUCGGUCCCUGCUCCUGUCAACCUAGCAGUUCGAAAGCACGUCAAAGUGCAAGUAGAUAAAUAGGUACCGCUCCGGCGGGAAGGUCAACAGCGUUUCCGUGCGCUGCUCUGGUUCGCCAGAAGCGGCUUAGUCCUGCUGGCCACAUGACCUGGAAGCUGUACGCCGGCUCCCUCGGCCAAUAAAGCGAGAUGAGCGCCGCAACCCCAGAGUCGGCCACGACUGGACCUAAUGGUCAGGGGUCCCUUUACCCUUUACCUUAUGGAAGCAGAAUUAAAUGAAAUUAUCUUCCCUUGAAAUCCGGCACACAGAAGGCCAUCUAAAAUGUGUAAUUGGCUUUUUAAUUGAUUGAUACUUGAACUGGAAUGGUAAUUUGGUAUUGAUACAAUGUGACAUGCAUUGGAUUUUUUGUAACUGAAAAUUAAUAAAAAAUCAUUUUCAAAAUUAAUACUAAAAAUACUAAUGUUAGUUAUUAUUAUGAAGUUGCUCCAUCCACUCUGGGCAGCUUCCAGCAAAUUACAAAAACAAAGUAAGACAUCAAACAUGAAAAUCUGCCUUCAGAUUCCUUCUAAAAGUCAAAUAGUUGUUUCUCUCCUUUAUCAUGUUUUUAAAUGUUGGAAUCCUCCCAUCUUAAGACAUAAUAACGACGGUGGUCACACCCCUGGGAUGCCUCCGUCGCUAGAGCACGAGGCAAUUAACCCCUGGGUCGCGGGUUCGAGUCCCACUGCAGGGGGUUGGACUAGAUGACCCUCGCCUCCCAACGCUGAAAUUCUAUGGUUCCGUGAUUUUGACGCAUCCCACCAAGGAACGAGGUCAGCGGAGGCGAACCUUGCAGCAACCUCACAUUUCACACGGUCUCUCUUUCCUUCUCAGGUCCUCUCCGGCGAUAAGUCCUAGCGGCGUCGGAAAAGGGCCCAAGACAAAUAAAGGCAGUGGGGCGGCCGGUUCUCCCGGGUGGCGAGCAGAGGAAUCGGGCAGCGUCCCCAGAAGGGGGCGCGGAAGAACCGCGUGGAGCCGCGUCAGCACCUGAACCCGCCACCAACCGGCAAACCACCCCCAGCCUCCCCUUUUGAAAUCCGGGAAAAGGGAGAUCCGCAAAUGUCCCUGCCUUUCCCCCUAUAUAUAUAUGCGCUGCAGGGAGGUUUUUGGCACCACUGAAAUUUGGGGACUGGUAUGGCGAAGGAGCUCCGAGUUGGGAGACGGGGAUAAAAGCCAACCCAGAAAAAAGGGGUCCCGUGGAUUUUGUUUUAUUCUGCGAACUUCUCCAAAUAAAUGUUACGACGUGUGUGUUGUGUGUUUGUCUCUCA